GAAUUAAGAAAGUUGAUUGAUAAUGACUAUCGACUCAUCGUUCCCAUACUUGAUGCACUACCUCAUUUCACGCUUGAAGAAGAUCUGAUGUGUAAUGUUCAACAAACAGUUUUCGAUCGACUUGAAUCCGCAGAUUUAGAUGAUUUGGCCGUUUUCUCACAAUAUAAAGUUAUUUUGCAGGUAGUACAGCAGAUUAGAGAUAAAGUCGAUUUCCAUUCAAUAGGCGAGCUGCAAAGUGAAGCCCUGAAUUUAAAGAAGCAUCAAAAGAGAAAUAAAGAACAGAUUCCGGAGGCUUUGAUACUAGACUCGAUUAAAUUGGGUAUCGACAUCCACAAGUUUGUUAAAGAUGCAUGGUUAAAAGCAAUCAAUGAUGUUAAUGCAAAGCCAUACCAACAGCAAGAAAUUGUAGCGUCAUUAGUAACUCAUAUUGGAUGUGGCUCGCCUAUUGAAAUUGAAUCGGCACUUUCAGUGCUGUCACAUUUAGUUAAGACGGAUAUAAAAAAGAUGAGCCGUUUUGCAAUUUUUGUAAAAGGACUUUUAGAUUACUUGGAUAAUCUUAAUAUAGAUCAGAUUCGAGUCUUGUUCGAUGUGAUUAGCAAAUUAGUUUAUGAGGGAUAUCAAUAUCAAAAUUCGUUAAUCGAUUUACUUAAAUGGUUUAAAAAAUCUAAGGAUUCAAACUAUGAUGGUUCAAAUGGUGGUUUACUCGCCGAGUUCUCAAUUGUCAUUCAGAAACAGUUGUCUAAUCCUAACGAGAAGUAUAAACAGAUAGGUGUUGUAGGUGCACUCGCUUUAGUGCAAACAUUGGGUUCUACUCAGAAUGCAGAAAACCCUAAUCACGAAAAUACUUAUAUAAUAGACAACGAUGACUUGGCCAAAUUAAGAGAUGAUCAUUACUAUUUAAACGGAAUGCCAAUAGAAAUUUGGUUUGAAGCAGAGUGUGAUACUGAUGAUUUACCAAAGUUUAACGUUUACCCUAUGUUGUGCGAACCUCAUGUUUCGCAAGAAUUACGUAUGCAACAUCUGUUCAAGAGAGAUCAUGUAAUAUGUUGCUGUUCGAUGUUGAGAUUAGUACAAGCUUGUCUAAAAGUAAAAGAGGGAAGCAUGACAGAAAUCGGUGCUUUGUUAAGCACUGGGUUGCUCAUGUACGAAAAAGUUGAUAUUGAU